AUGCCUAGGGCCCGACACAGCCUGAGGCUGGCCAGGCAGCAAAUACAUCUCCCGGGAUGUUUUGAUGACAGUCCAUCUACCACCACCACCCCCCACCCCACCUUAAGGGAAGCACAUAAAUCUCAGCACAUUUCCUCAAACACAGGAGUCCUGUCCACACAGCACUGCAUGCUUCUACCAGCAGCUUCUCCUGAGGAUCUCUCUGAGAGGUAUGUUCAAGAAGCUAUGCAGAAAAAUAACUCAUCCUACACAACCACUUUUACUCUUUCUCGAUUAAAUGACUCAAGCACAAAUAAAUAUAUAUAUUUUUUUUUUACUCUCCUAGGUUAUCUCUUUGUCAUUUGUGUUAAUGUAACUCUAAUUGUAAUAAUAGCUCUUGAAAAGACACUUCAUGAGCCCAUGUAUUUCUUCCUCUGUAAUCUCAGCGUUAAUGCACUGUAUGGGACCAGUGGAUUCUUUCCUAAAUUACUGUUUGAUUUUCUGUCUGAUACGAAUGUCAUCUCAUAUUCUGGGUGCCUGCUUCAAAUGUUUGUCAUCUACAGUUUUUCUACAUGUGAAUUAACAAAUUUAACAGUGAUGGCAUAUGAUAGAUAUGUGGCAAUAUGCAGACCCCUGGAGUACCAUGCUAUCAUGACUCCUUUAACAACUGGUAAAUUAAUACUGUUUGCUUGGACCUUUCCAUUUUGUUGUUUAUGUGUUAGUAUUCUAUUGACUACCAGGUUGCCCUUGUGUGGCUCCCACAUUGAAAAACUAUAUUGUGAUAACUGGUCAAUUAUGAAAUUAUCUUGUGUAAAGACUACUGCUAACAUUGUAUAUGGAUAUGUUCUAAUAGGUACAUUCUUUGCACAUUUCCUUUUUAUUUUAUUUUCCUACAUGAAAAUACUAAGAACGUGCCACACAUCUAGUAUACAAAGGAGUAAAUGUAUGCAGACAUGUUUGCCACAUUUGUUGACGGUGAUCAACUACUUCAUUGCUUUGAUUUUUGAUUACAUGUACAGUAGCUACGGUUCAAGUGAUAUGCCACAGGUUUUACACAAUCUCCUGUCAGUAGAAUUUCUAAUCGUCCCCCCUAUUUUCAAUCCUGUCAUUUAUGGUUUAAACCUUCAAACGAUCCGGAACAAAGUUACAAGAAUGUGCAGCAGAAACAAAGUAAUACAAACUUAA